CGGAGUAUGGUCACGGAACCUUAGGAGGCUGGAUUGGAAAUCCAGUAGGAAGGGAGACAGAGCCCUCCUGUUGGGCCACGUGACCGGAAGUAGGGACCUGGGCGGUGCCGGGUACCGAAGACGAGGUGAACACACUGAGUGUAUGCGCAGCCUUCAUGAAAGCCGACAGAGAAGUGAAGCGCCUAUUUGUGGGUGGCCUUGGUCAGAACAUUUCCAAGGCAGACCUACAAAACCAGUUCAGCAGAUUUGGAGAAGUUUCUGAUGUGGAGAUCAUCACACGAAAAGAUGACCAAGGAAACCCACAGAAAGUCUUUGCAUAUAUCAACAUCAGAGUAGCAGAAGCAGAUCUGAACAAAUGUAUGUCUGUUUUAAAUAAAACAAAAUGGAAAGGUGGAACACUACAAAUUCAGCUAGCAAAAGAAAGUUUUUUGCACAGAUUGGCCCAGGAGAGAGAAGAAGCAAAAGCAAAGAAAGAAAAAUCAACAAUAGGCAACACCAGCUUUUUGGAAAAGAUGGGAGUGGUGGAUUUCCAUGUGAAAGCCGUGCCAGGGACAGAAGUACCAGGUCACAAGAAUUGGGUUGUGAGUAAAUUUGGAAGAGUAUUACCUGUCCUUCACCUAAAGAAUCAACAUAAACGUAAAAUCAUGAAGUAUGACCCAUCAAAAUACUGCCACAACUUAAAGAAGAUCGCAGAGGAUGUCACUCAUGCCACCCCUGUGUCCAGCCUUACCUGGGAACUGGAAGGAGGGGAUGACCCUAUGAGUAAGAAGCGACGAGGGGAGUUCUGUGCUGUUCACAGCACCCCCCAGGAGAUGAUCAAAGCACAAAAGGACGAGGCGUCUGCUGCUUUUCCAGCUGUGAGAGCAAGACCCCGCAUGGUCCCGGGCAGUCUGUAUCCCACACAACAAGAGGUGGCACAGGAAGCACCCUGUAAGCCCGUUCCUGCUCAGUUACCCUGUGUCCCUGCUCCUCAUAGCCAGAAACUUAACAGUGUGUUUGUUCAGACUUCUGGCACAGGAACUACCAGGCACAGAAAUCACAUGUCUGAAGAAGAGAUGCAAUUACUGAUCGCAAGAGAGGAAAGCCUGGGGAAAACUACAUGGUCCUCAGUGGGUGACUCUGUAAAUGAGCCCUUUGAAGUCGUACGGGGGGACUUCACGUCAGGUGUUCAUAAGCUGCGUUCUGUAACAGCAUUAGGUGUCAGUAAUGUCUCCUGCCGGGAUGGGAAUGGUAAUGCCAUGGGAAACAACUGCAACUAUGAUUCAGGAGAUACAGAUGAGAUCAUCACAGCAAAGAAAAAGACCAGUGAGGUCAAAAACAAUGCAGAGUUUUCACAAAUGGGAAAGUCUGCACACAAGAAAACGUCUUCGAAAAAAAGAAAGACCAACCCAGAGCAAGCCAUCAGUCCCAGGGUUACAGCCCACUACAGCAGCAGGGAAGAGGCAGGUUCUGCUUCAGAAUCUGCAGAGCCUUCGGGAGAUGAGGACUAUGAUGCCAUGAUGGAAAACUGCCCCCGUGUGCGGCUCACCUUAGCUGGUCUGGAACAGUUGGCUGGCGGCGUCCUGCAGGCUUCAGAAGAAGAUCCUGAGAGCAGUGGCCAGGAGGCCACCACCAAGUGUGGCAGGACUCCGGGUGGCCUGCACAGAGCAGCCCAGCCAUGUAUCUGUCCCGAGGACAUUGUGGCUGCCCUUUUAGAAGAAGAGAACACCUGUGGAAAACAGAAACCGAAGGGAAACAACUUAAAGCCAAAAUUCCAGGCUUUUAAGGGAGUAGGCUGUCUCUAUGGAAAGGAAUCAAUAAAAAAACCCUUGAAAGAGAUUGUCGCUUCUGACAAUAUAAAUAAAGGUCAGAAUUCCUUGAAACUUGAUCCCAGUAGCAUGUCCAUGGAGAAGGGGUCCGCAUCAAGCAAACUAACUCCUCUCCAACAUGCAAAGAAGACAAAUGACCCAGACCAAACUCAACCUCAAAAGAGACGUUCUACUUUCCAGAGCCAGGAUCACAAGAUGGUGUCCCCUAGCAGUUUGGAAGAGGGAGUUAGGAAUCCUAUUUCUAGUCUUUUGCCAUUAAAAGAUAAAUAUUUAAGUCUUGAUGCAAAGACCCAGGUAGACUUUGAUGAAGACUGCGGCCGCAGGACGGGGGAGACCGGAGAGGGCUCUGGACAGAGCAGCCACCCGGCGCCUGGGAAAGCACCAGAGGGCUCCUCCAGCAGAGAUGCUCAGGGAAGCAACACCAACUUCCCACUUUCUGUGAACAGUUGGUCCGAUGUUCACACUAAGGAGAAGCAUGCUGAAGACAAUCAGAAGCGUUUGGCAGCCUUGGACGCAAGGCAGAAAGCAAAGGAAGUGCGGAAGAAGCUGGUUCAUAACGCCCUGGCAGACUUGGAUGGUCAUCCAGAGGGCAAGCCAACACACCUCAUCUUUGGCUCUGACAGCGAGACAGAGGAGCAAAAGCACAUGGGAGAGGAGCCCCUGAAGGAGUCCGUGAGCAGAGCAUCUGGAAGGCUCUUUGACAGCAGUGAAGAUGAAGAAGCUGGCUCAGAAGACGACAGUCACAGGUUCAGAAUUAAACCUCAGUUUGAGGGCAGAGCUGGGCAGAAGCUCCUGGACUUGCAGUCUCUUGGCACUGACGACAGAUUCCGCAUGGACUCCCGAUCUGAAAGUGACAGUGAAGAGGAACAGGAAGAGGUAAAUGACGAGAGAACAGCAGAGGAAGAGGAACUUGCUGCAGAGAAGCUCAAAGCCCUGAACGUCAUGCAGAGUGUUUUGCACACCACCGUGAGCAAUUCUGCACACAAAGGAUCGGUAGCUGCCAAGAAAUUUAGGGAUGUCGUACAUUAUGAUCCAACGAGGCAUGACCACGCCACUUACGAAAGGACGACCGAUGAUAAACCAAAGGGAAGUAAAGCAAAACGGAGGAAGCAAAGGGAGGAGGCCGAGAAGCUGCCUGAGGUGUCUAAAGAGAUGUAUUAUAGCGUUGCUGCCGACAUAAAAGAAAUAUUUCAGACUACAAAAGUUACCAGUGAAACAGCAGACGACAUACCUUCUAGUGAGAAUCAUGAUGGCGAAAAAGUUGACAUCUACCACCCGGCCACUCUGACGACAGGGGCCAAGCAGCCUGGCGGGUUCACAUUCUCAUUUUUUGAUUCAGACGCUAAAGAUGUAAAGGAAGACACCUACAAAGCUGAGCCGGUGAAAACUGGGAAGGUUGUCUGGCAGGGAGCCCCUCGUUUCCAAGAUAGCAGUUCCGAAGAGGAGGAUGUUGCCGAAGAAGAAACGGAAGACAGGAAGCCCAGCCCCGGAGAAGUAUUACCUGAGAAAGAGACCACUAGAUUUUUCUUUUUUUCUAAGAAUGAUGAAAGACUUCAUGGUUCUGAUUUAUUCUGGAGAGGAGUGGGGAAUAAUAUUAGCAGGAAUUCUUGGGAGGCCAGAACAAACAACUUGCGGAUGGACUGCCGGAAGAAACAUAAGGAUGCCAAAAGGAGAGUGAAACCAAAAUAACUGUCAGCAUUGGUUUUGAUACAAAUGUGAAGAAGGCUCACCUAUGGAAACUGGGUGAUACAGAAAAUAAUUUUAAACGAGAAGAACUCACAGUGAAGGAGUAUUCAAAAUCUGCCUGAUAGAUAUCACUCUGCUAUCUUUUUCUGUGGAUUUCCUCUGUAUCUCUUCCUAAAACUCUUCAAAAAAAUAACCUGAACUUUUUUUUUUAACAAAGCACAAAACAAUCCCGCAAAAUGCUUUUUAUAUUAUAAUCUCUGUGCUAUCCUCAGUAACUACUGGGUAUUUCUAAUGCAGGGUUUACAUAAAGUCUUUAAAUAUAUGGGUAAGAGCACUUAUAUUUUCCAAAUUUGGCUUUGUGUGAAUUAUAUGCUACUUGAAAUAUUUAUUUCUGAUUGUAUAGAAUAUACUUUACCUCCAUUUUGUCCUUUUUUAAAAAGAAGUUGAAUACAAAUUAGACUGAGUUCUGUACUUCUGUCCUGAUGAACAACUAACUAAAAUGUAAGACAUUUCAGACAAGCAUCAUAGAAGAGUUCUGUGAGGACCAGGGAAGGAUGCCAAGUAGAGUUUUCCUGGUCUUGGCCUCCAGGAAUUGAUGGGAGGCGAGCCCAUUAAUCCCAAAAUUCUGGUUUAACCAGAGGCUUAUGAAAAAUCCAAGUUAGCUGUCAGGACUCUUGAGUUCAAAGAGGGAAGCAGAUUUAAUAUCUCCUUAAAUGAAACUGGUUAGGAUUCAAGACAGGUAUGCCUGUUAAACUGCACUCUGUUCAGAGUUGUGUUAUAGAGACAGCCCCCAGGAAUGGUCCUUGAGCCACAAUGUGUAUAUCUGGAAUUAAAGUAUUUAUUAAUUUAUACCUUGACCGAAUAUAAACUCUAGAGGGCUGGGAUGUCAUCUGGUUUAUUGACCAUUGUGUCCCAACUGCGUAGAACCGUGUCUCGCACAUAGUGGUUGCUCGGUACAUUUUUUUUCUUUCAAGAUUUUAUUUAAAUUCAAGUUAGUUCACAUGUAGUGUAGUAUUACUUUCAGGGGUAGACUUUAUUGAUUCAUCAGGUCCAUCUAACACCCAGUGCUCAUUACAUCCAGUGCCCUUCUUCAUGCCCAUCACCCAGUUACCCCAUCCCCCGACCUCCCCUCCAGCAACUAAAUAAAGACAGAAAGGGAGGCCAACCAUAAGAGACUCUUAAAUACAGGGAACAAACUGAGGGUUGUUUUGAAUAAACAAGCCCAAAGAAGUAAGCAGCUAAAGAGUCUUUUGGGAUUCCUGUUUCCAAGACUUGAUGGAAAACAGAAAAACCACCACUCAGCGGGAUAAAUAAUCCAAAUGUUCCACCGUCUUUUGAUGCAGAUUACAUUUAUACAUUCCUACUGCUGCAUAACAGGUCAUCCCAGUAAAAUAAUUUUGCUCACAAAUAAGCAAUUUGGUCAGGACUCUGUUGGCACCCCGCAUUCCUCCUCCCCAUAGUGUCACCGAAAUGGUUCAACUGGGGCUGGAGGAUCCACUUCUAAGAUGGCUCACUCACUCAGUGCCUGUCCCUGCAUUUCCUCCCGGCAUGGCAACCAGGUGUCAGAAGCAGAAGCUGCCAGUUUCUUUUCACUAUAUUCUACAGGUCACAACAGGCCCCAGCCAGAACCAAAGAGAAGGGGACACAGACCAUCGCCUCUCACUGGGAGAAGUGUCAAGGAAUUUGGCCAUAUUUAAAUCUGUCACACCCUCCAUCUUCAAAACAGACAAGUGACGUCAAGUAUCCUUGCCCACCCCUAAUUCCUGCUCCCCAGAUACAACCAUCUUCAACAAUUUUGUGUUCUCUGAUACUUCUUUCCAUAUCUCUACCUGACAUGCUUAUGCUGUGAUUUCUCGGUGUUUUUUUUUUUUAAGGUUUAUUAGUGAGUGCAUGCCCUUGUGCAAGCAUGAGUUGGGGGGGGGGGGGCGGAGAGAAUCUGAAGCAGACUACGCUGAGCACAGAGCUAGAUGCAGGGCUCUAAUUCAUUACCGGAGAUCAAGACCAGAGCUGAAACCAAAAGUCGGUCACUUAGCCAACGGCGCCACGUAGGUGCCCCUUCUUGGUUUUUCAGUUUUAGACAUUACCUUUUGACUCCUACUCUAACAAGUGAGGAGUCAACUCUGAUCCAAGUUGUGGAUUUUGACGUUUAACUUUUUUUCUAGAAUCUUUUUUUCCACUUGCUCAACCUCUUUAUGCAUGUAUAUAUUUUUUUAAAGAUUUUAUUUAUUUGACUUUCAACAGUACCAUAAAAUGUUUCUCAGUCCAGCUUUUAAAUGAUCAGAGCUGUUGUCCCCACCUUUUUUCCUGGACACAUCUAUAUCUGGGAGCCUUCUAUCCUGCUCUAAUCUGGCUGGCUGGGCAGAUGGCAAAAAUGAACUGCACAAAGUGGAGUCCUUCUAGUGUAAGCUGAAGAAACACCGCUAGUAAAUGAAUGUUCCUGCCUAGAGAGUUUCUCAUCUCAGCAAGGCAGUGAGACCCCCUGACUCUCAUCCUGGAGUGGUAACUGUUGAAUGAACGCUUGCACAAACUCCCACAGUGUUCUUAAAGUGUUGCGCCUUCUACAGUCUCAUGAUGUUUUUCUGUCCCUCCAACGGACGCAGUAAGCUGCUAGAGUUACUCUGCACUUUGAAGGCCUAAACUUCCCUUCAGUCUCUGGUGCCAAAGCCUGAGGUCCACUGACCUUUGCGCGGCUCCGACUUCCCUUUGGUGUUUUAACCAGCGGAUCCAGAAGGUGCCAGGCAGACCCAGAGCAGAGAUGAUAAAUGGUAAGCGAGCAGAUGGAUAAAAAAGCAAAUAAACUUUUUUGUUUUCAUCACAGGAAAUGUUAAAACAGUGUUAACUAAAUUUGGUCAGGCAUUUCGUUCUCUUCCGUUCUGUUACGUGUCCGCACGUGGCCCUUCACCAUGGUUUGUGCAGGAGGAUGUAGGGGAGCUGCGGAGGGGCUGCGGGGCCCACCGACCUCCAGCGCCGCCGCCCUUCCUGAGGACGGCUCGGCGGGCGGCUCCGGGGGACUGGCGCGCACCUCCGGCCCAGUCCGCACAUCGGUCUCAGCCCCAGGGCCUUGCGGCUUCAACCCCGCGGUGGCGGUGACGGCGACGGCGACGGAGACCCGCCGUAGGUCUCCGCGACCCUGAACCUUCCAACGGUCACUCAGGUCGGGGCCGCACAGUGCAACCGCCCGAUUUGCGCGCAGGGAAAUGCGCAGGUGUCCUGUGCGCAGCCAGGUGACACUGACGCACGAGCACACCCGCGUAAAACGCGCAGUCAGCGGACACAAUAGCAGCCGUCGCCCACGGCCCACAGUCUACGGCCCGCAGGGCAGCGAGCCUCCGCCGCCGUCCCAGGAAGGCGUUCUGCGGGGGCGCGCAGCCGCCUUCCCGGCGCGCAGCGCCGCGCCCGUCAGGG